AUGGAGAGGGAGAGAGAAGCUCUUCUAAGCUUGAAGAAUGGCCUCAUUGAUGACUAUGGCCAUCUCUCGUCGUGGCAAAGCGAUGGAUGCUGCGAAUGGCAUGGUGUUAAGUGCAACAACACCACAGGCCAUGUCAUCGCCCUCCGUGUUAAUGGCGUGAAAUUAAGAGGUAAUAUUGGUUCUUCAUUGCUUGAGUUGCAUCAUAUGGAAUAUCUUGACCUCAGUCGGAAUGAUUUUGGAGGCAUUCCAAUCCCGGAAUUCAUUGUUUCCAUGAAACAGUUGCAACACUUGUAUCUUGGGAGUUCUAACUUUUCGGGGAUUGUUCCUCUUCAGAUAGGGAACCUUAUGAUAGGGCCCUCGAUCUAG